UAAAUAAAUAAAGAAGAAGAAAAAAGGAAACUUGCCAGUCAGUAUAAAGUAAUUUGCAUACACGCUGUACGUUUUCGGAAAACGUCUUUCUUUGGCCUUUGGCAUUCACCGUUUUUCUUCGUAUUGGACAGACGUCUUUUUUACGCAGCUUGAGCACCUUGAACAGGUUACUUAUCACCAGCCGAUUUUGUCUUUUUUUUUAAGCAACUUGCAUGUCGAACUGAACUUCAGUUAAGUUUCUGACGUCGCAUCAGGACGCAGCGAACUCGCCUGACAGGGUUUUAAAAAGCUGAAUUUAUUAAUAGCUGCUCGAGUAUUAGGAUAUAUUUCAACUCAACUGAAAGUGUCUGAAAUGGUUGUCAUGUCAAGAAUUUCAGUGCUGGUGCCUGUGAUCUUCGUGCUGUGUUUGUGUUUCGUGAGCCAACCGACUAAUUGUUCCGUGUUAAAUGAGACCAGUUACUUAGGAAAAGGCACAAGCAUCUUUCAUCAUAAGUUACAUGAAGUUGCCAAUGUGAUUUCCAAAGUGCAUCAACAUUUAUCUGGUGGGCGCGUUUUCAGCAAAGAAAAGCAGCUGAAACUCGACGACAAGUUUAUCAAUCUAACAGCGUUGCCUUACGAUUACGAAGGCACUAUGAACUCGGUUCAAAUAAUCGUGAAUCGUGGUUAUCCAGUAGCUUCUUAUUCUGUUACCACUGAAGACGGAUAUAUCCUGGAAGUGCAUCGAAUUCCCGGUAAGAAAGGCCAGACGUCGGACUUGGGGACCGGCAAACCCGUAUUUCUACAACACGGGCUUCUUUGUUCUUCAGCAGAUUGGUUGAUUAGUCCUUCCGAUCGAUCUUUAGCCUUCAUCCUAGCGGACCGCGGUUACGACGUGUGGCUCGGCAAUGCAAGAGGAAACAUUUACUCGCGCAAGCACAAAACCCUGAAUCAAAAUAAGGACGCCUACUGGAAUUUUUCUUGGGACGAAAUGGGGAAAUUUGAUAUUCCGGCCGUACUGGACUUCAUUCUCUCCAAGACGAAACGCGAUAAAUUGAUUUAUAUCGGACAUUCCAUGGGAUGCAGCAUGCUUUUUGUAGCGAUCUCUACGUUUCCGCAACUUGCUUCGAAAAUCGAAAUGAUGUUUGCAUUUGCUCCAGCGACCUCAUUGGCACGAGCAACCAGUCCUGUUAUUCGAACAGCAGGUCCAUUUAUCAAACACCUCGAGUUUAUCCUGAAACUUCUUCGAACCCGUGCCUUCCUUUCUCAAGAAUCAUCGCUUGUAUACACUCAAAGACAAUUUUGUUCAAAAAAUGUCGCAUGGGCUAGUCUGUGCAGAAACCUUCUGUUUCUUAUCGUUGGGGACGACACACAUAACUUGGAUGUGGAGAUGCUGCCGGUCAUUAACGGGAACGCCCCGGCAGGCACUUCGGUCCGUACGAUAGCCCAAUUCGUGAUGAACCACAAUUCAGGGGCCACCUUCAUCCCUUAUAAUUUUGGGCUGUUGGGCAAUUAUCUUCGCUACGGAAAGUUUAGACCGCCACCUUACGAUCUUAGCAAAGUUACCAUUCCAGUCUAUUUGUUUUACGGGCAAAAUGAUCGCCUCGUUGUGCCUGAGGACGUGAGAUGGUUAGCCGAUAGAUUACCCAAUGUCAAAGAGUCUAUCAUGGUUGAUGAUAAAUCAUAUAACCAUGCGAGCUUCUUGUGGGGAAAGAACAACAAUCGACUCGUUUACGACCGAGUGAUAUCGCUCCUACCGUCACCGGCCUAGUGAUUUCCGUGUUUAAAAAAAAAGCGAUGCUUGAAGUCUGGAUAAUUUAUUUGCGUACAUUUGAACAUUUUUAUAUAUUUAUUUAUUUUUUAUUUGCGGGAAGUGUUCAAGUAACUCGAGAGGAAACGACGACAAGUGUUUCUACAUUGUGUUUUAAUGGUAGAAAGCAAGAAGAAAAGGAAAACCUAAGUCUAAGAUGAGUAUAUGAGGAGACCAAUACAUAUAGUCUACUGACACGUA